AUGGCGCAGACUCCUCAAAGGCCGGGGACCUCACACAGCGCGCCGCAGCUGGGGAGCUGCCUGUGGCCCCCGCCCACGCCCCAGAGGUUGCACCAGCGCCAUCAACGGCGGCACCGGUGCCCCGCCCAUGGGCCCAUUGGUGACGCCGCGCCUGGCAAGGGCCUCGACCGUCCAUGGAUCGAGGCGUCUGCGCAGCCCAUCAUGGCGCCCCGGUCUCAGGAGCUGGGAGGAGAUCCGUUUUCGCUUCUUUUGAAGCAGAGAAUCGUGGUUUUGGGCGGCGAGGUGAACGACUUCGUGGCGGAUGCGGUCGUGAGCCAGCUCCUGCUGCUGGACGCCCAGGAUUCCAAGAAAGAUAUCAAGCUCUUCAUCAACUCGCCAGGUGGAUCUGUGACGGCGGGAAUGGGCAUCUAUGAUGGGAUGCAGUUGUGCAAGGCUGAUGUGCAGACCUACUGCUUUGGCAUUGCUGCAUCGAUGGGCGCAUUCCUGCUGGGGGCAGGUGCUAAAGGCAAGAGAUACAGCAUGCCCAAUGCACGAAUAAUGAUCCAUCAGCCCCUUGGUGGCGCUAGUGGACCAGCUGCGGACAUUGAGAUUCAGGCGCGGGAGAUUAUGUUCCACAAGGCCAACAUCAAUCGCAUCAUGGCAGCCUACACAGGGCAACCCGUGGAGCAGAUUGAAGAGGACACAGACCGCGAUCGGUACAUGUCACCCCUUGAGGCCAAGCAGUACGGCCUCAUCGACCACAUCAUUGGCGGAGAUGAUGCUGGCUUGCAGAUUGAAGGCAGCCUGACCGACUUCCCCAAGACCAAGGAGGAGUAUGUCAACUGGGGUGAUAGUGAAGAGGAUGGCUCACGCGGGUCAAGGUUCACCAAGCCACUUGAGCCAUACACAAAGCCCCUUGAGAAUGACAGUGCAUAG